CCCUGUAGACAUCAUCAACAAAAAGCGACACCAGCUGUAUCAGUGGCAUCACCAGUAGUUAUCAUCUUUUUUUUAUCGCAUUUAGUCACGUCUCUCCCUUAACUUGUUCAUUUUAAAUCUAUACCUGGUGACAUUAAAUACUUACUUGUUAUAAAGAGUGAAUAAUCAAAUAAUUUAUCAUGGCACAAAGCACCAGAUUAAUGUCAUUAUCAUCAUUACCCGGUGGGUUACUGAGAAAACGUACGAAUGGAGUUAUUUCAACUUCUUCUAGACUUGCAAGCUCGUGGUGGUCGCAUGUGGAAAUGGGUCCACCGGAUGUUAUUUUGGGAGUUACGGAAGCCUACAAGAGAGAUAAUCAUCCUCAGAAAAUAAAUCUUGGUGUAGGAGCUUACAGAGACGACAAUGGAAAACCUUUUUUAUUACCUAGUGUUUUAAAAGCGGAAGAGAGAAUCAAGUCGAAGAAAUUGGAUAAAGAAUACUUGCCUAUUUCUGGUGACCCUAAUUUCUGUACUAAUAGCAUUACAUUAGCACUUGGAGAUGGUAAUGAUGUGGUAGCUAAUAAAUUAAAUACAACCGUGCAAGGUAUUUCCGGUACGGGAUCAUUGUGUAUCGGUGCAUUUUUUUUGAGUAAAUUUUUCCCUGGUAACAAAGAAGUCUACAUGCCAACACCAACAUGGGGAAAUCAUAUUCCAUUAUUUAAAUUAGCUGGACUUACUCCUAAAUCUUAUCGUUACUAUGACCCUAAGACAUGUGGGUUAGACUUUCAGGGAGCCCUAGAAGACAUUUCUAAAAUUCCAGAGAAGUCAAUAAUUCUUUUACAUGCCUGUGCUCAUAAUCCUACGGGUGUUGAUCCUAAACCUGAACAAUGGAAAGAAUUAUCAGCAUUAAUUAAGAAAAAAAAUUUAUUCCCAUUCUUUGAUAUGGCGUACCAAGGUUUUGCAUCAGGUGACACAGCGAGGGAUGCAAUGGCGGUAAGAUUGUUUGUGAAAGAAGGUCAUCAGAUAGCUCUGGCUCAGUCUUAUGCCAAAAACAUGGGACUCUAUGGCGAACGUAUUGGAGCAUUUUCGCUGGUGGCAUCAAGUGCUGAGGAAGCGGCGCGUACGAUGUCGCAAGUAAAAAUACUUAUCCGUCCCAUGUUCUCUAAUCCACCUCUCAGUGGUGCUCGCAUUGUAAAUGAAAUCCUCAGUGAGCCAAUGCUGAAGCAAGAGUGGCUUGGAGAUGUUAAGUCGAUGGCUGAUCGUAUUAUUGGAGUACGUAAUAAAUUACGCGAAGGCUUGAAGAAAAAUGGAAGCACUCGCGACUGGUCACAUAUCACAGACCAAAUUGGAAUGUUCUGUUUCACUGGACUUAAACCUGCUGAGGUGGAAAAAUUAACAUCUGAACAUCACAUUUAUUUAACAAAAGACGGCAGAAUAUCAAUGGCAGGAGUUACAUCGAAGAAUGUUGAGUAUCUAGCUCACGCAAUCCAUCAAGUUACUAAAUAAAUUUAAAAAAUCAUAGACUUA